AACCUACAACUGCAGGCGUUAGGGCGUCAUUCCGUCAAGUCGAUUCCACACAGUCAAAAUUGUAAGUUUUUCAAUAGGCAGAGCUGACAACAAUAUUCAAUUAUUGUUCGCUAUUAUUUAACACAACACAUUAAUAACACGACAGAUAAUUUCGCGAACAAUUUUACACGGACAACAUUGACGUCAAGGACAACAAAAAUGAUUUUUCUGCAGAAAUCCGUCGUGUGCGCUUUGCUGGCGGCGUUGGCGUUCGCAAGCUGUACACAUGCUCGUCCCGAAGUUUCCGAUGCAACGGCGUCCGAGUCGGCCGCGGUAUCAACACUGUCGUCGGUUAACGUGCGGCAGAUCCAAGCGACACUCAGGGAAGCCCUUCCGCUGUACAGGAUGGCCGCAAAGUCGGCGCACAAGGAACACGGCCACGGCGGGAAACUAUCGGUCGUCCACCUGAUACUGAUCAUUGGAAAAGUGCUGGCGCCGCUCGUGGGCGCCAUCAUCGAACCGCUGCUCGUUAACGUGGCCAAAGGCAUCACAUGGGCGAUCACGUACUCGUUGGCCACGGGAUUCGAUAAGCCGCCCAGUUACGAGCACUUUGUACCAGCGCUGGAACACCACGGCGGUGGAGGCGGCGGCGGCGACGACGAUGACGACGACGACGACGAUGGCGGUGUGGAAUACGAAUCGCACAAGCCGGUCAGUUAUUCGCUGAAAGAGCUCCCGGGACUGGCGCUACAGCUGACCAGCACCGUGCUGGCAGAUUCCGGUGCGGGCCAACCGGCACAGCAAGCCGAGGCCAUGGCAAAGGCCGAGGGGAAGCUCGUGGGCCUGCUGCUGCAAGGAAAUAAACCCGCACCGGUGGCGACCAGCUCAUGAUGACAGAUCACUAUACUACUCGCCGCAUCAUCAUUAUCAUUAUUAUUUAUUUAUUUAUUUAUUAUGUAAACCGUGAAACGAAAAAGUGCUAAAGGUCCGUCGUCCGAUCGGAUACGUCCCACUACUGAGCACAAUAUUAUGUACCUGCGACGUUACCACUUACUGAGCUGCGUUACGGCUCGUGCAUAUAUUUAUUUUAGUCGUUUUAGUCGGCGAAAUAAAAUAUUUACAUGUCUAAAUAAACAUCGAAAACUCGUUCGUGUACACUGUACUCGGCAAAUAUA